AUGGCCAAACCGACAAUUAUCAUUGUCUCUGCUGCGAUGCACUCGUCCGCCCACUAUGACGCACUUACCCAUGCGUUCAACUCCAUGGGAUACUCUGUGGUCUGUGACAGGCUGCCGUCCUUAGAUCCGGAAGAGGGCACAAGCCCGACCGUGGCAGAAGACGUGGAGCAUUUGCGCCGCACGUCCGUGUUACCAGAACUCGAACGGGGGAGGGAGGUGAUUGUCAUGGGACACUCGUACGGCGGCUGCGUCGGGCCAGCCGCGGCCAAGGGGCUCAGCAGCAGUGAGAGGUUGGCAGAUGGGAAGAAGGGUGGUGUGGUUGGCAUUGUGAACAUGAGUGCCGCCAUCGUCGCCGGUGGCACGUCUCUCUUGAGUAUAUUUCCAGGAGGCAAGAUACCAGCCGGCCUCGUAGCCAACAAAGCUUCUGGGACCUUUAUGGUCGAGAACACAAAGGGUUACUACAAGGGCGUUUCCCCGGCGGCAAGCGACGAGGCCGCCUCACGACUACGGCCGCACGCGCUGUCCAUCUUCAAGACGCCAGUGCCGGCAGGGGCGUGGGCCGACGCAGCGUUCGACGGGCGACGGGCGUACAUCAAGACCAUGGCAGACGAGGCGGUCGGCCCAGAAGCGCAGCAAGCGAUGCUGGCGGCGAGGGGCGUGGCGUGGCGGGUGCUGGAGCUCGCGGACGCGGGACACUUCCCGAACAUGACGCACGGGGAUCAGGUCGCGAGGUUUGUCGACGAGCUGGCAAUGGAGUGGACAGGUGUGAAGGGAUAG